AUGGCUCCGAGCGCAACUUUACCUGCAUCUUCUCACGACGACGUAGGAUCCAAUGCGAUUGAUGACCAGCCUGAAACCACGCAAACCAGAAACACCAAACCAUUGACAAAGACCGGAACCUUGGAUUCGACCUUUGAAUUCGACGACGUCACUCCGGCCGUUGGACGAGAAUAUCCGACCGCCAACAUCGUCGACGAUUUUAUGAAUGCCUCCAACGCCGACGACCUGUUGCGUGACCUUGCCAUCACCAUCAGCGAACGGGGCGUCGUCUUUUUCCGCAAACAAGACAACCUGACCAACGACCUGCAAAAGACGUUGGUCCAAAGACUGGGCGAGUUGAGUGGGAAACCCUCGACGUCCACAUUGCACGUCCACCCAAUCCUCAACGGCACGGGCGAGUUUGGUCUCGAAGGGGACAACGAAGUCAGCACCAUUUCUUCUUUGCAACGUAAAAAACUUUUCGGAGCCGAAGCCAUCAACAAACGAAAGUACGACUCGGCCAGAUGGCACAGUGACAUUCAAUUCGAGACUUGUCCUGCGGAUUACACGAGUCUACGGUUGGUUCAGUUACCCAGGACAGGGGGGGACACUCUCUGGGCUUCCGGUUACGACAUUUAUGACCGUUUCAGUAAGCCCUACAAAAAGUUCUUCGAGGGUCUCACGGCGACUUUUGUGGGCGAGGGUUUCAUCAAGGCAGCGGACGCGGGUAAAACCAAACUGUACGAACGACCGCGAGGAUCGCCGGCCAACGUCGGGGGACACUUGUCAAUGGUCCAUCCAGUGGUUAGGACAAAUCCAGUCACGGGCUGGAAGAGUGUUUAUUCCAUUGGAUCUUUCCCCCACCGUAUCAACGAGUUGACAAAGGAAGAAAGUGACGACCUGCUGAAGAAAUUUCACGACACCAUUGUCAACAAUCAUGAUUUGCAAGUCAGGUUCAAGUGGAGGAAUCCAAAUGAUUUAGCAAUCUGGGAUAAUCGUUCUGUAUUCCACACGGCAACGUUUGAUUACGAAGGACUAGGGGAAAGGUUUGGGAAUCGUGUGGUGGGUAUCGGGGAACGUCCAUACUUCGAUCCAAACAGUCAAUCAAAGGCUGAAGCUCUCUCCUUGGAUGGCUAUGGUGAGUUGUAAAAGGGACGAGGACAUUGGAUCUGUGUUUAAUGAGGAUGAUGGUGGUGGUGGUGGAGUGGUGUCAUCAUCAUGGACAUCGUGCAUCUAGACCGCUGCUGCGCGUGAGGUGCGACUUGUCCAACCGGAGACCCUUUUUUUCUAG